UUUUGAACAGCUACUAACCCCACACUCCCACCCUGGCAGAAAUUCACCUCCAUCCGAGCAAAAAAUUGGUUAGGGUUGGAUCGGAUGAAAGGCUUUUGUUAUUCCGUAGGAAAGCAUCCACCUUUUUUACAAUAUGAAACUUCAACCUUUACCUAUUAAUGAAGGAAUAAUAUAGUAGCAAGAGGGGAGAAAAAACAGUGAAGAUGGACAUCUGAUUCUCACCUUUUCUUCUAAUAAUCUUCACUAAUUCAAAUCUAAUUUACUGGGUUAUAAUUGUUUCUUAUCGGAAAAAUCAAAAACAAAGAUGGGUUCUUUUGAAGCAUCAGAAGAAACAGUAAAAUUUCUUUGUGAUAGGCUUGUGGAUCAAACUCAGCCAAUUUCUGAGCGUUUUAGGGCUCUUUUUUCUCUUCGCAAUCUCAAAGGCAACCUCCCUCGUAAUGCUCUUAUUUUGGCUACAAGAGAUGCUUCAAAUUUGUUGGCUCAUGAGGCGGCAUUUGCAUUGGGCCAAAUGCAAGAUGCAGAUGCUAUUCCUGCCUUAGAAGAGAUUCUCAAUGAUUUCUCUUUACAUCCAAUUGUUCGUCACGAGGCUGCUGAGGCUCUUGGAGCUAUCGGCCUAGAGAAAAAUGUACCCAUCUUACAAAGAAGCUUGGUAUCGGAUUCAGCUCCGGAGGUUAGAGAAACAUGUGAAUUAGCUCUGCACAGGAUUGAGGAAAUGAAAAAUAAAAAUGAUAAAGGACCAUCUCCAUAUCUAUCGGUCGACCCAGCUGCACCAGCGUCUUGCUCAUCUAUAUCUGAACUAAGGGACGUGCUGUUGGAUGAAGGAAAGGGUAUGUAUGAGCGAUAUGGUGCGUUAUUUGCUCUACGCAAUGAUGGGGGAGACGAGGCUGUCUCUGCAAUCGUUGAUUCUUUGGGAGCUAAAAGUGCUCUCUUACGUCAUGAGGUUGCUUAUGUACUCGGUCAAAUGCAAAAUAAAGCUGCAUCAACGGCACUUGUUAGAGUUCUUAAAGAUGUCGUUGAGCACCCAAUGGUUAGACACGAGGCUGCCGAAGCUCUUGGCUCCAUUGCAGAUGAAGGGAGCGUAGCACUUCUCGAGGAAUUUGCCAAGGACCCAGAGCCUAUAGUCUCACAGAGUUGUGAAGUCGCUCUAAGCAUGCUUGAAUUUGAAAAAUCGGGCAAAUCUUUUGAGUACCUCUUCAUGCAAAUUCCUGUUGCUGGGGAAGCUGCUUAAUCACAGGGAUACCAACCAUUUAUGUUUUUUUGGUUAUUUAAGUAUUAAUUCAAUACUUUAAUUCAGAAAAAAUAUUAAUUAAUGUUGUAUACUUGAGCAAAAAAAAUCUAUCAUGCCCUUUUGUUUGAAAACAAAAUUUUAUUUAGUUAUUUAUAGUACUUCUAGUUUUAAUGCA